UCACACUUUAGUACUUAAAAUAUUGUAAUAUAUUUUAUAUUUAGUAUUAAGUAAAUAAAGAAAUGUCGCCAGGAUACACUUGCAGCUUGCCCCAAGUGGAUAACUGUUGUGGAUGUGUCCAAGACAUAAGCACUGCUACAGCAAUUAUAGCUGUUUUGGGUAUUGUCACAAACCCACUUGUAUCUUGGGCGAUUGUUCGACAUGCUUACGUCAUACAUGUGUCUUUCGUUAUUUCAACCAACUCAUCUCGUUCGGAUAUCGUCGAUAUCAACCUCAACAACGUGUUAAGUUUUGGAUUUGGUUCAAACGCAGGUGUUGGUUCAACGUGCCUUACAGAACAAAACAGUGCGAAUUUAGUGAAAAAAGAAAGUACAUUAAUAAAUUUCAUCAAAUAUUUUGGCUGGGUUGUGGUGGUUGCCGAUGCAUUCUUUCUUAUGAGUAGCAUAAACUUGCUACUAAAAAUGAAUAAGGAUGUUGCAAAGAAGGCUGCAUCUAUAUUUUUAAUUUGCGGUUCAGUUUCCAUCUUAAUUACAUUUAUAUACGGAUUGCUUUAUAUAUCCGCAUGUGUGGCGAUUGGAGGAGCAUUUCCUUUGUUUGAAUUGUUAUUCAGCCUUGUCGAUGUUGCUAAGUGGAUGUACUUCUUAAUAGUUGUAAAUACUUUCAAAGAGAAAACCCCAACGGGAUGAAGAAAAAAUAUAGAGAAAAAGAUAUAUUUGAGGAAUAGACACGAGUAGGUUUGCAAAGACAAUUGAUUAUUUUAUUCCAAGUAUCACGAGGAUAUACUCAGUGCAGCGAUUGU